AUGUCGGGAUCAGGCCGUUUGAUGAUCUCAUUGGCUCUCUUUGCAAGUUUGUUGGUGUGUGUAAACGCAAACUUUAAUUACAAGGAGGCCUUAACGAAAUCAAUUAUUUUCUUGGAGGCCCAACGAUCCGGAAAGCUUCCUCCACACCCUAGGCCUCCAUGGAGAGGUGAUUCUGCUCUUGAAGAUGGAAAAACAGUUGGUGUUGAUUUGGUGGGGGGAUACUAUGAUGCAGGAGAUAAUGUCAAGUAUGGAUUACCGAUGGCUUUCACGGUGACCACAUUGGCAUGGGCUGCGUAUUUUUACAAGGCGGAGUUAACAUCCGCCGGAGAGAUGAAAAAUGUUUUAGAUGGGAUCAAAUGGGGCACCGAUUAUUUUCUUAAAGCUAGCACCGGUAAUAAUCGAUUGUUUGUUCAGGUAGGAGAUCCAGUGUCGGAUCACGAGUGCUGGAUGAGGCCUGAGAACAUGAAAUCAUCAAGAAAAGUGUUGGAGAUUAAUCAGAAUUGCCCCGGGACAGAGAUUGCGGCUGAGACCGCUGCGGCUUUGGCUGCUUCAUCCAUUGUUUUCCGCGACGUCGAUAAGACCUACUCUCGCAACCUCCUUCACAGUGCCAAAAAGCUCUUUCAAUUUGCCAAUGAACAUAGGGGAACUUAUAAUGGUGAAUGCCCUUUCUACUGCUCCUACUCCGGUUAUCAUGAUGAGUUACUAUGGGGGGCAACAUGGCUAUAUAUUGCAACAAGGAGGCCAAUAUAUUUAAAAUAUAUUCAAGAUGAGUCCACCACUGCAAUUGUUUCUGAGUUUAGCUGGGAUCUCAAAUUUGCUGGUGCCCAGGUUCUUCUAUCUCAGUUGUACUGGGAAGGACAAAAAGAAUUUCAAACGUUUCAACGGCAGGCAGAUGGAUAUAUAUGUCAGGUUUUUCCAGAAAGCCCCUACCAUCAAGCUUUUAUCACCCCAGGAGGUUUACUUCACUUUAGAGAUGGUGCAAAUGCGCAAUACGUGACAUCCACGGCAUUUCUUUUCAGUGUUUAUAGCGAUUUGUUGGCUAGACAUCGUAUGCAAGUCACUUGUGGUGACAAGCACUUCACUAGCGUCCAACUCAUGGCUUUCGCUAAACGACAGAUGGAUUAUUUACUAGGGGAUAACCCGAUAAAGAGAUCAAUGAUGGUAGGGUUUGGUAACAACCCACCACUCCAGGCGCACCAUAGAGGUGCGUCGGUGCCAGUGAUGGCUCCAACCGAAGAUAUAAAUUGUGGGAUGAGUUUUGUUUACUGGUACAACACCAAUAAACCUAACCCUAAUGAGCUCACGGGUGCCAUCCUUGGUGGUCCGGACAAGCAAGAUAGGUUUAUAGACUCGCGGAUCAAUUCGUCCUACACCGAGCCAUGUACCUAUGUCAAUUCAGUCGCGAUUGGGGUCCUUGCAAAGCUGGCAAAAUAAUAUCAUAUAUUUUGAUCAAAGUUUGCACAUAGUGAAAUAAAUUUAGGGUUUCUUUGGGUAAGUGCAUAUAGCUCUUAUGUAGAAAUAGAUAUUUGAUGGCAGAUUAUCUUCAUUUGUUGUAACUAA